AUGGCUGAUCUCUUAUGGUUCUGUGAGGGGAAGGAGCUGUACAACAGUCCUGACAUCCAGAUCCGCUGCGAGCACGGGGAGCUGCACACCUUGGUCAUUGCUGAGGCCUUCGAAGACGACACAGGCCGUUACACGUGUCUGGCUACAAACCCCAGCGGCUCAGACAGCACGUCCGCAGAGGUCUUCAUUGAAGGAGCCAGUUCGACGGACUCUGACAGCGAAAGCUUAUCCUUUGUGUCAAAAGCUGGAGCUAUGCCGCAAGCUCAGAAGAAGACAACGUCCGUUUCCUUAACGAUAGGACCCUCAUCUCCGAAGGCAGGAGUGACCACAGCUGUGAUUCAGCCCUUGUCUGUGCCUGGCCAACAGGUUCACAAUGCUACUUCGUAUCUCUGCCGACCUGAUGGAACCACCACGGGCUGCCUUCUUCCUGUUUUUACUAAGGAACUACAGAACACAGCAGCCUCGGAGGGCCAGGUGGUGGUACUGGAAUGCAGAGUGAGGGGCGCUCCUCCUUUGCGGGUCCAGUGGUUCCGACAAGGGAGUGAGAUCCAGGACUCUCCAGACUUCAGAAUUCUCCAGAAAAAACCUAGAUCAACAGCUGAACCCGAGGAGAUCUGCACCCUUGUCAUUGCUGAGAGUUUCCCUGAAGAUGCAGGCAUCUUUACCUGCUCAGCCACAAAUGACUAUGGGUCAGUGACCAGCACUGCGCGUCUUGUCAUAACCUCCGCCAACACCGAGAACUGUAGCUAUGACUCAACAGGAGAACCCAACAGUGAUCAAUUCCAACACUUUCCACCUCCCCCUCCGAUCCUGGAGACAGGUUCCUAUGAGCUGCCAACCCAGAAACCAUCUGAGAUCCAGCAGGUGAAUAGCCCUAACUUAGGAUUUAGCAUGGCAGCUCUUCAAAUGCAAUUCAACUCUGCAGAGAGGGAGGCCAACGGAGUCCAUCCCAGCCACGGAGUCAACGGGUUGAUUAACGGCAAAGCUUAUGGCAAUAAAUCUCCUCCGACACCAGCUGCCCUGCUUUCGCCCACUAAGGAGCCACCACCACUCCUUGCCAAACCCAAACUGUGA